GCAUUUCUUGAUAUUAUGCCGCUGACGAGGGGCCAUGUGCUGGUUAUCCCGAGACGACAUUUUCAGAAUCUAGGGGAAGUGAGGGUCAACGAGGGAAGAGAGCUUGGAAAAUGGCUUCCUAUCAUCUCUAGGGUAGUUGUGAGAACAAUAUUAGGCACUCAGCCGGAUGAGCGCGGCGAAGAUCCCGCACAUUGGAAUGUAGUGCAGAACAAUGGUCUCCGUGCAGCGCAAACGGUUCCCCAUGCGCAUUUCCAUAUCAUUCCGAGACCCCCUCUAGAAAGGAUGACAGCAUCCAAAACGAGUUGGGUAAUGUUUGGCCGGGGUCAGCGCGAUGAACUUGACGACGACGAAGGACAGAGACUGGCAGCUGAGUUAAGAACGGAACUUGCAAAAGAAGUCGCAAAAAUUAAGGCAACGGAGGGCAUUGACCUUGAUGAAGAUUGUUCCGAAUCAGGGCCAAACAUACCUCGAGCGGAGAAGCUGUGAUCCAUAGAGUUCUGGCUGUCUAAGACAUAUAUGGUGCCAUUCUUUGUUGUGCAUAUACCAAUGUUUGUCAUUCAGCCAAUGCUCUUUUCAUACAUUUCUAAAUACCUUCGAGACAUUCAAUGACCUUUAAUGUUGUGUCGCGGUGCGCUUUCAAGUUGCCCCUCAAGGGGUUGAACAACUGUUGGCUUUGGGUGUGAAUCGUUGGAAGUACUAUAAUCAUCCAUUCAGUUCAAUCUCUAGACAAGAAUGGCGAAAAUUGUGCGUACCC